GUGAAAACGGCGAGCCUCAACAUGACUGUGAGACUGCUGUUGGCGAUUUCUUUGAUCGUCGGUGUCUGUUAUGCUCAGCAGUUGGCUGCCGGUCCCUCUGCAGCUGCUCCGUCAGCCGCCGCACCUGCCAUGCUAACAGCUCCACCAGACAAUACUCCUAUCCGAAACUCUCGGAUGAAACGUUCGUUCUACGGCGGAUAUGGGUAUUAUCCUUACGGAGGGUACCUCUGGGGUGGCUACGGCUAUCCCUAUUACGGCUACGGAGGUCUCUACGGCGGUUUUGGUUACGGCGGUCUGUAUGGAGGCUACGGAGGUUGGGGCUAUGGCUGGUGGUAGGAGGCGAAUCACGCACCCCUUCGUAGUGACUUGAGAA